AUGGGGCCCCCACACGAUGGUGGUGUUAUAGAAGGAGUUUCGAUGAAGCCAACAGCUGGCGAGGGGCCCCUCACCGGGGGCCCCGCUGAGAGUACCCUUGAGGGGGCCCCUGGAGAGGGGCCCCUCGAAGAAAAGCCAGCUAUUGGGGGGCCCCCAGAGGGGGCCCCAGCGGGGCCCCCCGCAGGGCCUCUAGAGGGGCCCCCAGAGGGGCCCCCAGAGGGGCCCCCUGGGGGUUCUUUGCACCAGCUGCUGCAGCAAGAGCACUCACUGCAGCAGGUGCAGCAGCAGCAACAGCAGCAGCAGCAGCAGCAGCAGCAGCAGGAGCUGCAGCAGCGACAGAAUCUAAACUGGCCCUCACAGCAGCAGCAGCAGCAGCAGCAGCAGCAGGAGCUGCAGCAGCGACAGAAUCUAAACUGGCCCUCGCGAGAGUUGCAGACUCGCCGCUAG